GGGAAUCUUCGCUGUGCCAGCGACUAAAAGGAGAAUUAAAUAUGGGUGAUGUUGAGAAAGGCAAGAAGAUUUUUAUUAUGAAGUGUUCCCAGUGCCACACCGUUGAAAAGGGAGGCAAGCACAAGACUGGGCCAAAUCUCCAUGGUCUCUUCGGGCGGAAGACAGGUCAGGCCGCUGGAUACUCUUACACGGUUGCCAAUAAGAACAAAGGCAUCACCUGGGGAGAGGAUACACUGAUGGAGUAUUUGGAGAAUCCCAAAAAGCACAUCCCUGAAACAAAAAUGAUCUUUGUCGGCAUUAAGAAGAAGGAAGAAAGGGCAGACUUGAUAGCUUUUCUCAAAAAAGCUACUAAUGAGUAAUAAUUGGCCACUGCCUUGUUUAUUACAAAACAGAAAUGUCUCAUGACUUUUGUAUGCGUACCAUCCUUUAAUAGAUCUCAUACACCAGAAUUCAGAUCAUGAAUGACUGACAGAAUAUUUUUUUGAGCAGUCCUGAU